CGAGCAGCAUAACAACGCCGAAUAACGACGGGUCAAAGUCUACUUGUUUCUUAUUACGUCCAUCUAAACACCCUUUCUAUUAUGGCUGUCGAGUCUACUGAGUUUGACUUCAUUGUCUUGGGAGGUGGAACAGCGGGCAAUGUCGUCGCCGGGCGUCUCGCAGAGAACCCUAAUGUUUCAGUUCUAGUCGUCGAAGCCGGCAUUGGUAAUCCUCAAGAGAUCCCCGAGAUCACCACUCCAGCUCGUGCCUUCGAGCUUCGUGGGAGUCAAUAUGACUGGGCGUACAAGACGACUAUGAUCGCUAGGCCCGACUACGAACGUGUGGAGAAGCCCAACACCAGAGGCAAAGCUCUCGGCGGUAGCAGUUGUCUCAACUACUAUACGUGGGUCCGAGGAAGCAAGCCUACCUUUGACGAUUGGGUCGAAUAUGGUGGGCAGGGCUGGAGCUGGGACAAUGUCAAGGAGUACUUCGACAAGCCUGCAAAUUAUCAUGACGACGACCAAAUCUACAGUGCAGAUCUCUCGAAAAUCGGUCGAAAUGGUCCAUUGAAUGUCUCUCAUUCCGAUCUCGUGCCCGAAGUCAAGCCAUUUCGUGAUGCCUUGAUCAAGGCCUGGGUCAGCAAGGGAGAACGAUUAAGCGAGGACAUCUACUCCGGUGAAGUCAAUGGCCUUACUCACUGCGUGAACACCAUCUACAAAGGCAUCCGCUCCUCCAGCUACUCCUUCAUUCUUGGCAAACCCAACGUGAAGGUCCUGUCUGGAUCUUUCACCAAGAGGAUCAACUUCGACGGAACCACUGCCAUUGGCGCUACUGUGAUAACACCAGAAGGUGAGCUGACUUUCAAGGCAAAGAAGGAGGUCAUCGUCUCCUCCGGAGUGUUUGAGAGUCCUAAACUGCUCAUGCUUUCCGGUAUUGGGCCGGAAGACGAGCUCAAGGCCCACGGUAUCACUCCUAUCGUCAAGUCCGCCCAUGUUGGCCAGAAUCUGCUUGAUCAUCCAAUUAUGCCGUAUGUCCGACGCCUGAAAAAUGGCUACGGGCUUGAUGGCCAUAUUCUCCGCGCCGGUCCGAUGAAAGAUGGAGCUAUUUCCGCUUAUCGCAAGAACAAGGGUGGGCCCAUGAGCAGCGGGCUGCUCGAACUCGUUGGCUUCCCGCGUAUUGACGAGUACCUUGCGAAGAGCAAAGAAUACGUGGCCUUCAAGAAAGCUAAUGGAGGCAUUGAUCCGUUUGGUCCUGCCGGUCAACCGCAUUUCGAGAUUGACUUUGUGCCUAUGUUCUCCGAUGCAUUCCAGUGGCAUAUCCCCACACCUCCAGAGGGUGACUGGAUCACCAUAAUUGUCGAUCUCCUUCGUCCGCUUUCCCGAAGCGGUGUGAUCAAACUGAACUCGACUGACCCCUUGGAGCAACCUUUCAUCAACCUCAACUACUUCUCCAACGAUCUCGAUCUCAUCGCCCUCCGUGAGGGUGUACGAUUUAUCGAUGAUAUCUUGACAACUGGCGAAGGCUUCAAAGACAUUGUUGGUGAGGACUACCCAUGGCCAAUGCCAAGAGCGUCCGACGAGGCCAUGAACAAGGCUAUUCUGGAACGAAGCCAGACUGGAUUCCAUCCCUGUGGAUCUACCCGGUUGUCCAAAGACAUUGAUACAGGUGUCGUCGGAGAGGCCUUAAAGGUCCAUGGUGUGAAGAAUCUGAGAGUAAUUGACGCCUCGAUCUUCCCUGUCAUUCCAGACUGCCGCAUCCAGAAUGCUGUGUAUAUGGUCGCUGAAAAGGGUGCCGACUUGAUCAAAUCUGAACACAAGGACUUGUACGCAGAUUUCAAGCUGCCAGUUCUUAUUUAGUCGCAAAAAGCUAUGGCAGCCAGUUAGAUGCUCCUACGUACAUCUAUCUACGCGCCUCAGCUUGUCAAGGUUCACUUCUCAGUUUGCAAUGUACAGCUGAAGACUCCGUUCGCUCGAACUCAGCUGAAUGCUCAGCUCGCCUGUUGUUUGCCACUGUUGCCAUCUGCAACCCCUAUUCUCUCUUCACUAUAUAGCCACUCGUUAGCACCUCAAUACAACUCAUGCUUUCCUCACUG